AUGGGUAAGAAGACCAAAGCGAAAACUCAUGUGAGAGAUGGCAUCAUGGACUUCAUUCAUCGUCUGGAGGACUUCUUGCAAAAACCUGGACCGAUCGAUGGAAAUCAAAUAAAAAUUCGAUUGGAAAAACUGGAAGAGAAAUGGAAAGAAUUCGAAGAAAUACAAUGCGAAAUCGAAUUCUCAGAGGAACAAGAGGAGAACAUGGAGCCCCACAGCCAAGUCACCACAGAGUUUGAGGAGAAAUAUUUUGAGGUAAGGGCAGGUCUAGAGAGUAAAUUAGCGACACACAACGGUACUCAGAAUUCUCAAAGUAAUUCAAAUACGAGUGGCGUACACUCAAACGUACGACUUCCGCAAAUGAAUUUACCCGAGUUUGAUGGAAACUUCGAAAAUUGGCUAGCGUUUCAUGAUACAUUCAAGGCUCUCAUCGAUUCGUCCCCGGAUUUGAGUGGUAUACAAAAGUUUCACUAUUUACGGGCUUCUCUAAAGGGCGAUGCACUCAAGCUGGUAGAUUCAUAUCCGAUGAGCGAGUCAAAUUAUAGGGUUGCGUGGUCCGGAUUAGUUUCGCGAUUUUCGAGUGCGUAUCUCCUCAAGAAAAGGCACAUGAAUUCUUUACUAGAGUAUCCAAAAAUGAAAAGAGAGUGUGCUGUUGGAAUUCACGAUUUAAUCGAUAGUUUCGAACGCAAUACAAAAAUUUGGGAUCAACUAGGAGAACAAACUAAAGGUGGUUGGGGUGCAAUGUUAACUCAUUUGAUGGUCUCGAAAUUGGAUGAUUAUACACAAAAACAUUGGGAGGAGCAUGCUACGCAUCAUGAUAAUCCUUGCUAUUCAUUGUUGAUCGAAUUUCUGAAGAAUCGAACACGAGUUCUCGAUGCGGUGUCUGUUGAUCAGCACGCUUCCGGUACAACAGCUUCGACGACACUAAACAAGCUACGUCCAUUGAAGGUUUCGGUCAACUCGGCGACUGGAAUUAGGGUUCCCAGCUGUGCGGUCUGCAAUGAAAAACAUUAUUUAACGCAGUGUCCAUCGUUCAGCAAACUAGAUGUUGAUAAGCGACUUAGAAUAACAAACUCGAAACGGCUUUGCAGUAACUGUUUAGGGAGAAGUCACAUGGCCCGAGACUGCCCGUCGAAAUAUCGGUGUAAAACAUGUUCGAAGAAACACCAUACGCUUUUGCAUCCCGGUUUUCCUGCAUCUGGUUCUGGUUCCUCUCCUGCACCUUCGAACUCCAAUGCGCAUUAUCCAGUCCCAUCGACAUUUGGUGGUACAACAAACUCUGGUGGUUUGGGUUCAAAUUCGGUGGAAUCGUCUUCAAUCAAUGUAGCGAUGAGAUCUUCUGCAUCACACGUCCUCUUGCUUACGGUAUUGCUGAAGGUGCGAGAUAAUUUUGGGAAGAUGCAAUUGGCUCGAGCUCUCCUGGACUGUGGCUCUCAGGCCAAUUUGAUGUCUGAAAAUCUGUGUCAACUGCUGAGGCUUCCUAGACGAGAUAAAAACGUCGAAAUAAGCGGAAUUGGACAAUCAAAAAGACAAUCGGUAUGCGAAGUGUCAACAACAAUUUCCUCACGUGUUCAAGAAUACACGUUGCCAUUGAAUUUCCUCGUCUUGGAUCGAAUCACAGACGAUCAACCAUCAAUCUCUCUUCCGUUGAAGUACUGGAAUCUCCCCGCAUCAAUGAAACUCGCUGAUCCAAAUUUCAUGAGGUCAGGUCCCAUAGACAUGAUUUUAGGAUCUCAAUUCUUCUACGAAUUUCAUCUCCUGGAUGGUGGCCGGAUGCAAAUAAAGAAAUUGAAUCAUAGUUUGCCAUCGUUCGUAAAAACAGUUUUUGGUUGGGUGGCUGCUGGAGAAAUUCAAUGGAAUGAAAUGGAAAAAAUUGGUUGUAACGUUGCUCUGACUGAUCCCCUGGAAAAAGCAAUAGAGAAAUUUUGGAAAAUAGAAGAAUUUCAAAGUAAAAUCCCACGGUCACAGGAAGAAGAAGAUUGUGAAUUGCACUUCCUAAAUACUAUCGCCAGAGACGAAAAUGGUCGCUUCGUGGCUCAGUACCCUAAAAAUGCGAAUUUUCACGAGAUGAUUGGGGACUCAAAAGGUACAGCAUUACGGAGAUUUCACCAAUUAGAAAAACGGUUAGAGAAAGAUGUUACAUUGCGAAGCAAAUACAAUGAAUUCUUAGAAGAAUAUUUGGAAAGCGGACACAAGAAAUUAAUUGGUGAAGCAGAGGAAAAUUUGGACAAACAUAAGCCACACCAUCCAGUCUUCAAAGAAUCCAGUACUACCACCAAACUUCGGGUGGUAUUUGAUGGGUCUGAAAAAACGGCAACAAACCGUUCCCUUAAUGAUGCACUGCUCACAGGUCCCGUGAUUCAAGACGAUCUUUUCGAAUUGAUGGUUCGAUUCCGAAAAAAUGCAGUUGCUCUGGUGGCCGACAUCGAGAAGAUGUACAGGCAAAUACGUGUGCAUCCUGACGAUGCUUGCCUGCAGAGAAUCCUAUGGCGAUUCGCAUCUUCAGAGAGCAUAAAGGUGUACGAGCUUCAAACGGUCACUUACGGGUUAUCUCCCUCAUCUUUUAUCGCUACUCGCGUGCUUCAGCAGCUUGGUGUGAGCUACAGCGAUAAAUUCAAAUUGGCGUCCUAUGCUGCACAAAAGGAUUUUUAUAUGGACGAUUUUCUGUCUGGCACCGAUUCAGUUGAAACAGCAAAGCAAUUACUCCACGAAAUGCAGUCAAUGAUGAAGGAAGGUGGUUUUCAACUGAGGAAGUGGAGCUCUAGUCAUCGUGAAGUUUUGAGAGAUCUGCCACCAGAGUUGAUCGAGAACGCUACAAAAUUGAACCUGGAACCAGAAAAUCAUAUUAAAACACUUGGUAUAAUUUGGGAGACGGAAUCAGAUCAACUUGGGAUUGAUGUUAAGGCCACGCUGAAUCACGAUCCAUGGACAAAACGGAAUAUAUUUUCGGCAAUUGCACAGCUUUACGACCCACUUGGUAUAAUAUCACCUGUGAUAAUGUGGGCAAAAAUCCGGAUGCAACAUCUUAAGGUAGCUGCUCUCGGAUGGGACGAUCCGAUUCAGGAUACUGUCGGGGCCAGUUGGAAUGAAUUUUACGAGCAGUUGCCACUUUUGAAAGAGUUUAGAGUCUCUCGCUUUCUUUUUACAACACCUCGAUCGAGCAUACAAUUUCAUGUUUUCUCCGAUGCUUCAGAGGCCGGAUACGGUGCUUGUAUUUAUGCUCGAUCAACCAGCAAGGAAGGAACAACUAAAAUCGAGAUCAUAGCAUCUAAAUCACGUGUAGCUCCAAUCAAACGGCUCAGCUUGCCACGAUUGGAGUUGUGUGCUGCACUCUUAGGAGCCAAAUUAUACGCGAGAGUUUCUGCAGCGCUGAGGAUGGAGGGGAAUCCUUGCUGGUUUUGGUCGGACUCAACAGUGACAUUGCAUUGGAUCAAAUCGCCGCCAAAUACAUGGCAGACCUUCGUCGGAAAUCGUACGUCCGAAAUACAAUCGCUAACGCAUGGUCGCUACUGGAAUCACGUGAAAGGGUCUGAUAAUCCAGCUGAUUAUGUUUCACGUGGCAUGCUCCAGGCAGACUUUCUCGUUAUCAAAUCCUGGCGAUUCGGCCCAGAUUGGUUGACAAUGGAAGAAAAUGACUGGCCAAAACACGACGAUACUAAUCCACCGUCUGAAGAAGAUCUGGAAAGAAGGAAAACUGUAGCUGUGGUUCAAACUUCGAUAGAAAUAUUUUUCUUAUUCCAUCGUUAUUCGUCCUUCACAAAGCUUGUUCGGAUUACUGCUUUCGUCCUUCGUUUUUGUCGAUUAUGUCGCCGUAAAAAAUCCCAGUUGAAGCUGCAAGAAUUUCUCACAGUACACGAGCUGAAAGUUGCAAAAGAAACGUUAGUAAAAUGCGCCCAGCAGGAACAAUUCGCAGAUGAAUUAAAAACCCUGAAAACAAAUAAUAUGGUUUCACCAAAAUCAUCGAUAAAGCUAUUGCACCCCUUCCUCGAUGAAAACGGCAUAAUUCGCGUCGGUGGCCGACUUCAGCGGUCCAAUGAAACAUACAUCACGAAGCAUCCCAUGAUUAUACCAAAUAACCACCCCCUAUCUCGCCUCAUCGCAGUAUAUUUUCACGCCCUUUGUUUACACUCGGGUCCCCGAAUGACGCUAGCCACAAUCCGCCGAGAAUUCUGGCCGAUCAAUGGUACCAAACUAGCUAAUAAUGUGUGUCGCAAAUGCCCUAAAUGCUUUCGCAUUAGCCAAACCCCAAUUACCCAACCUGUAGGCCAACUUCCGAAAACACGCACUAUUCCUAGUCGACCCUUUUCAAUCACCGGCGUCGACUACUGUGGCCCCGUUUACUUAAAGCCAACGCAUAGACGAGCUGCAUCACGAAAGGCUUAUAUUGCUGUAUUCGUUUGCUUUUCUACCAAAGCAGUGCUUCUUGAACUAGUUUGUGACUUAACAACUGAAGCAUUUAUAGCCGCACUCCGUCGUUUCGUCGCACGUCGUGGUUUACCCAUGGAAGUACAUUCGGACAAUGGGACUAACUUCGUUGGUGCAAAAAAUAUACUGAAUGAACUCUACAACACGAUGAACAGUAAGAAGCACCUAGACACAGUCACGCAUGAAUGCAGUAGCCGAGGAAUCACUUGGAACUUCAUACCUCCGAGAACACCAAAUUUUGGCGGCCUUUGGGAAGCAGCAGUGAAAACAGCAAAGACUUCACUCACCAAAACAAUAGGCACAACACAAUUAUCGUUUGAGGACUUCUCAACUGUUCUUACACAAAUCGAAGCAAAUAUGAACUCCCGUCCACUCACUCCAUUGUCAGAAGAUCCUGGAGAGUACGACGUUCUAACUCCGAGUCACUUUCUAAUCGGAACACCACUAAAUUCAAUGCCCGAUCCCGAUUAUUCGCACACACCGAUAAACCGUCUUCGCCAUUACCAGCAAUUACAAAAAUUGAUACAGGAUCACUGGAUACGCUGGAGAAAAGAGUAUCUGUCGGAACUCAACAACCAACGCAAACGAACAUCACUUCCAAUCGAUAUACGCGUGGGGCAGAUGAUCCUUGUACAGGACGAAAAUAAACCUUCGAUUGCUUGGCCACUUGGUAGAAUUGAGUCAACUCACCCAGGAGAAGAUGGUGUCGUCAGAGUAGUGACGAUAAAAACAGCCAAUGGGUCAUACAAACAACCGGUAUCCAAGAUAUUUCCACUACCGUUCGAUCGCGAUGUCACUACAGCACACUCCGAAUUAAUGAACGAGAAGAAUAUGAAACAAACAUUAAUAGGGCUGAGUUACUCAAAUAUAGCAGCAUUCCCCGCAUCAUCAAGUGCGACUCAGCCAUCGGGCAGCGGGUCACUGAACGAUACUCAAGUUCAGGGACUCCCUGCUAGCGGCGGAGUGGUUCGCAAAACCGCUAGUGGUAGAUCCGAUGGCAACGAAACUGACACUUCGUCCACUUCUUUCACUGGUCGAAGACUUCGAGUACGACCGCUGGGUAGAAUACGGCUGGAAGAGAGCGAUGACGAGAGGGCCGAAUAA